CCAGACAGCGGCUGGGCACUGGAAUGGGGUGCUGAUCACAGCACCAGGCCUGACAGAGCUCAAGAAAUGUUUACACAGUACUCUCAGGGUCAUGCUAGGACUAUUGGGCAUGUCAUGUACAGAGCCAGGAGCUGGACUUGAUGAUCCUGAUGGGUCACAUCCUACUCAGGUGAUUUUGUUAUAAUCAGCUGUAGUUGCUGCUACUCUGUGUAUUGCCAUAUUGGGCACUUUGAUCCAAACUAUGGAAAGUAGACUUCUGCUGUUAUUUCAUACACUUAGCUUUUCUGGUACUCAUGCAGAGCUGUGUUUUAAAGUUAAUGAGUUAAUGAGUCCUAUAGCUGCUGGAGGUCCAUUUCAGGAAAAGAUUACAGAUUUAUGGUAAAACUAAUUGGAAGAUAUUCACAAGUAAAUUAUCAUUUUUUAGUUAUUUGAGGGGCUGCACUGACUCCCACAUAAUUUUAGGUGAGUUUUGUUUCUUAGCAACAUGGAAUUAAGGGUAAUUUUUUGUAACUGAAAGUCAUCAUGUUCAUGUUCAGAUUUAUCAGUGUUUAAGAAAGGGUGCAGUUUAAGUAAGGAUGUCAUAGCCUCCUUGAAGAUCUUUACUUCAGAAAAUACCUCUGAUAUAAUGAAUUUCUUAGGACAGUUGCUGAAGGUGCUGUGUCACCAACAGUUUGUCUCUACUGUCCAUCCUGCCACAUUAACCUGAGCUUUGGGGGGAAAAGCCAGACUAAGGCUAAUGGGUCUGAAUGGGUGUCAGCUGAAGUUUUUACAUCUUGUUUUCAGUGUGUUUGCUUGUGGGAAGUGCUCUUUUCACCAUGGAGUGUUAGCUAUUUGUCUCUGCCAGCAUAAUGUUUGUAACUUGACUCUGCCAUGGUAUCCCUGGUUUUUUGCAUGCUUUGUUUGGACAAGAAAAUGAGUGGCUUUUGAAAUGUCACUGAGACGGAAUAUAUGAAUGAGACAUUUUUCAUAAAGUAGAACACAUACGUGGUUUCCUAAAGCUAAGAUUUAGUCCAAAAAUAAAACUUGAGUUUGGCCAGGGCAUGCAAACUAGGGUAUCUGAAGUUCUAGGGCACAUAAACUGCUGGCUUCUAGCAGAUAGGCCUUGUACAGAAAGGCUCUGACAUGAGGUCUCAGAUGACAUUUUUGUGUGUGUGCAUUUUUCUGCUCCCUAUAGCUCAUAUGAGCUAACUAGCAUUUUUUUCAGUGGAAUUGAGUGGACUCGGUUUAAGGCUUUCAUAUGGGAAUUGUGUGGAUGAUCUGAUAGUGUCGGAGAGGGCAGGAUAUAAUAUUUUAACUCUCUCAAAGUUUACUCAGUUGUAAUGUAGGUUUAGGAUUUAAGCUGAACAGAACAGAUAUCAAACCACGGUUUGAUAAGGACAUCUUAUUGUUUCGUAAAGGAGAGUUUUCAGAGUGUAACAGUAAAAUUUUAGCUCUGUUUUCUGAAUUCAUUAUCAUAGCUCGCACUGAAUGCAUAUUAGUCAAUGUUUCAUCAUCAGAAAUGGCUUGGGAUCAGGAAUUAAGCAAUCUGGGGGAAACAAAUGUUAUAAUAGAGAAUCAAACUGUAAUUUAGUCUGUGUUCUCUUUUUCUUCAAGGCUAUUAAAAUGCUUUUACUUCUUUCACCUGAUCUUAGUAUAUUGAUUUUGAAGGAAUGAAGGAUAACUGGUCUCUGUUGCAGAAAAUGCUGCAAUAUGCAUACUACAAAAGCCUAAAAAUCAUCCACUGUUGUCAUGAAGACAUGUUGUCUCUGUCCACAGAGACUGAGAGAUUUUGGCUGAAGCAGGGUGAGCUGGCUCUAUUGGUCUUCAUAAGGCAGUUAGUAAGCUGACCCACCAAGUCCAACAGUAUGGUCAGCUGCAUACAAAGCACAUGCAGCUGUAAAGGCUUUGCUUUAUUGGUGGUGGAAGGAUGUAGCAGGUAACAGGGGCUUGAUAACUGAGAGCAGAAGCUGGUUCUGUAGUUAGAGAAUGUGGUUUAGUGAUUCAGGAUUAGUGGUGCAGGAUUUACAGUGCUUGCACAUAUGCUACCAACAGCUCAGACCAGUAAAAAAGCCUGUGAACCAGAGAGAGAGCUGGAAAAACCUGUGUGCAAUGAAAAAAACCAGCAUUCAAAGGGAAUGGCAGAACUGCCUGCUCCACUGUGAUCUGUCACUCUGUUAGUAGCCUGAACUAAAGGGAACUAAUAGGAGGGAGUUCCCAAUCUACUUGAAAGUUUGGGAGGUCUGAAAUUGUCAUGGCAAACACUGUAAUUCACUUAAGUGGCUGUGGCUAAAUAACCACUCCCAUGGGGUUUUAGUCCAUCUGUCUCAUCCUCUGCCUUCCAUACAUCUUUUCUCAUGUUGUACUUUUCCCUGUCCUGUGUGACCAAAUGGGAUCAAAGAAGUUAAUUGGGAUGAAAAAUCCUUUUUUUUUUUAAUUAUUACAGUUUAUGUGUGAGUCUCAUACAGCUACCUGCAAGGGGAUGUAUGAAUGCCUGGGCCAGGUAUCACAGGGGAGAUGUCAAGAAGGUAGGAAUAUGAAAGGAGAGAAGAGGAACUGACUUUUCAGAAAAAAAUAUGUAGCCGUAAAUACCCCUGCAUGACUAUGAGUCUAUAAUGAGUCAAGACCUCAUAUUCCUGGAUAAUAGGAAUUUCAGUGUAAUCUAAGUUAUUUAUUUUUUGUAGUUUCUUUGCUGUAGUUCUAAGAGAUACUUAUUACAGUUUACCUUAAAUUAUAAGUCCACAUUCCUAACUAGAAUGCCAUGGAGUCUGUAACCAAUAUAAGCUUGUAGUGAGUAAGUGUCAGGGUACUUUUGGUACCUUUGUGGUGAUCAGUGUAGUCUUGCAGAAUUUCAGAGGAGAUGUAAUUGGAUUUAAGAUCUGUAAAAGGCACUAGAAUGGUGCUAGUUGAGCAGAAAGUCUUCUGUUAAAACAUAGACAUUUAUCCCCAUUGAGAAAAUACAUGCUUCAAUUUGCAUUAUUGAACAGCAAUUACCAUCAAAGAUUUGAGCACUCAUACCUGAUUCUGCUGCUGUUGAACAGCUGAUGCACUUCAUCACAGAAAUUAUUGCUGUUUAAGUCAACUUCUAAUUGUUUUGUGCAACCAAUUUGAGUGAAAGGAAAGGCGGGCUUUUCCAUUUGUAUAGAAAGGAACUUACAUAAAUGCAAUAGCUCUACCUAACAUGACCUAACAUGCUCAUGGGAAAUAUGAUGCUAUGGUUAAGGGCAUUAGUCUAAAAAUUACUAAAAAUGUCAUGUAUUGUGCCCUAAUCCAAGCCAUUCCUACUCAAUCAUGGCAGUGAUUGUGUUCCUUAGCCAAGUAAUAAUCUUCAAUUUUAUCCCUAUGAAAACCUCAGUAUUUUUGCAGAAUCAUAAAUUAUUUAUUUUAGGCUGAUCCAAUUUAGCAACUGUUUAUCUCUUGUUACAUAGCUGCACACUAUUUUUGUAGGAUAUUUUUAAAGCACACAGUUUUAAAGACAGCUAUCUAUUGUAUCUAGCUUAGCCUUUCCAGUCUUUUACAUUAGAAAAGUAUCAAAGGUUAUUUACAUUUGCUCCAUUGGGCCUUAACACUUUGAUUACAGAAACACUAUGCUGAUUCCUGUGAUUAUUUACAAUUGUGGGUUUUUGUUAGUCUUGCAAAAAUCACUUGCUCUUUUUUUUUUCCCAUGCCCAGACAAAGCAAAGGGUAGUUAUUGCAUGUCAAAUGAAUGGAUAAUGUUAUUUGUCAGGAGUGUUUCUGACUGUGAGAAGGCAUUUUUCUAAUCCACCUGAGUGUCUUGAGUCUGCAGCGUCGUUAUUGUAGUUACUAGCAUAAAGUAAUCCCAUCAGCCUUAGAGGAAAUGAUAUUGCCACUCAACCACUCAGUAUCAUUCCUGAAAGAAUGAGGAACAGAGAUUUUAAAAAGAAAAUAUAGAAAUUUAGAAGUCAGUUGAUGCAGAUGGUGUUCAUAUUGUGUAUCGCUGGAUAGACAUGUCUGUGUGUGUUUUUUGUUGGGGAAGUCAUGUUUCCUCACCGCCUGGUUUAAUAAAACAGGAUUUAUAUCAGCUACCUUCCCAGCAGACCUCUAAAGCUUGUGUAACUCUCCUUAGAAUAUCAUGAUGAAAGGUACGUGUCUAUAAACAGUGUGUCAUUUAACAUUCUAGUUACCUGUGAUUUAGUAGAAAAUGCAUGGGGAAAUGAUAGAGUAUGCUUUUAACUCAGCAGUGACUCUGAUAGGAUGCUGGUCAUGAUGUGUUGUUUGUUGUGGGUUUUUUUAAUGGUAUCUUCAUGGGUAGGAUUGGUUUAUUAUUUCCAUAUGUUGAUACACCUGAUUUUAGGCCAAGUUUUUAUCUCUCUCUGUGCACAAACUGGAAGACAGUGUUGGUCACUGUGGUGCUGAUGCCAUGGAUGAAGCUUAUGAGGUCUGGUUGUCCUGAGAUCAUUUCCACGUCUGUGGUUACCAUUCUCUGCAUGGCUCUUCCAGUAAGGGAAUUCACCCAGCUGCAUUAUAUGUGCUGUGGAAUAGUCCAUCAGGAAAAGAUUUUGGUUACUGUCCCAGAAAUACAUUGUUCUUAGAAAGAAAGAAGAGAAACUGAGUCAUUGGGAGGAAUUACCUCUCUGAGCUGUCCAUACCAGAACAGUCAUUAGUUCAGAGGGACGUGCAGGACACUGCAUUAAGCCAAAUGCCAUGAGUGAUAAUAUUAUUCUUUAUACCUUUAUGUAUAGUCAGAACCUGUCAUAAAAAAUUAGAAGGCAGUUUUUAUCACUUUUGACACAAGUGUAAGACAGGAGCAGUUCUGCUAGCAUUACUAUAACUGUAAACUACAAGGUAUCUCUUAUCAAAAGACAAAUUUAGUUUUAUAUGGAAUGAAGGUGGGUGCUACUGUACCACAGAUUUCAAGGAGUUAUGACUUAGUCUGAUCCAUACUACAUUGCCCACAGUGUUUCAGCUCUGAAGCAAUUCUCCCAAGACCAAUUGAGAUAAUGAAACUCAAAGCACUUUUCAUGCUUGUAAGGUGUAAACUGUCAUAGAAGCAAAUGUGAUGACUGGCAAGGCAAAUUACAUUCUCAGUGCUUUAAAAAUGGUGAGAUUUUGUUUAUCAUUUGUUGUUGAAGCUAUCUGAUGAGUUUUCAUUUUGCUAAUGUUAUGCAAUUUUAAAGCAAUAGCUUUGAUUUUUAAGUUCCCCCAUGCAAGGUUUUAAAUGACAGUAUGUGAUUUGUGAUGAAUGAAAAAACUGUUGUCAUGAUUGUUGAUUUAAACACAGUACAGGAAGUUGGAAGUCUAAAGGCAAUUGAGUUCCUGCAAGGGAUUAGUGAUUCAGGCCUAAGCAAAGGAGUGGCCACUAUUACCUACUACCUACUACCAUUAACACCUGCCACUUUAUUACCUAAGCAGAAAAGAUGCUCAUAGAGCCCAACAACUUUGGCUAGAGUUCUCCCAUUAGCGUCAGCCUCAAGGAUCCAAACCUAAAAUGUCUGUGUUUGAUCUCUACUGAAAAUAAGGUAUGUUCCUUUGUCUCCUGUGAGUAAAGGGAAAGCUUCUUUAUUCCAAGGAGGUAGUAGUGAUGUUGUUUGUAAAUGUUUAGACAAAGCCUAAAUUCUUACUUCUUUGUUAAUUUCUGCUAAUUUUGAGUAAAGACAAUGGUUAAGUAGAUAGCAAAUACCAUGAAAAACCAGGAUGCAAAAAAAGAAUUUCAAAGGGUUGAUUCACUCUAGUAUUUUCUUGAAGGUCAGGUCUUAGAAUUUUCUAUUUUUCAUUCUUAAUUGUGAGAAUACAUGAGAAGGCAAGUCUUCAUCCCCUAGCAUUGCACAUCCUUUUAUUGCAGGAUACUGAACAGAAGAUUUUCCAGACCCAAAAUAUAUAUAGGAAAUUCUUGCUUGUUCUGAUUCUGCCCUGGUGAGUUAAAUAAUUUAAUCUAGCGGCACAGUAGAGUAAUCUUUUGGAUGAGUCUUUGAGGUGAAUUUAAGCAGAAUUUGUGUGUGCUUCCACAGAGACUUUCAACAUCAACAUAAGACUUGAGAUGAUGUGUUGUUUGCUGGAUGUUUUGAUUGAAUUUUCUCUGAAUUAAUUGAUUUUAUGCAGAUUUCCUGAAUAUAUGGAAAGGAGUGGGAAACAUUAUUUAAUGUGACUAAUUAUGCUUGCGUAUUUAGUAGAAAACAGCUUACAAAAUACAGUAUGUUCUGUUUUUCUUGAAGGAGCUUUAAUUGCAGUGAGUACUGUGCUUCAAAAUGUCUCUUUUGAAGAUGAGUUUUAUUUGCUGCUCAGCUUGUUGUUUUAAAUAAAACUUCUUGCAUGUUCUGGUGAGUAUUUGCAGGUGAUGGAGUCAAACUACAGAAGAACACCAGGUAUAUUAAUGUGGGGAAGUUACCUGAGCUGUAAAAUUCUGGACUUAACCUGCUUAUUAUUGCAAACUGGGACACUGGCUCCCUGCCAUCUCCAAGUGCGUCAGUCACAGGCUCAGUCUAUGCAGCACUACACACCUAUAUUUUUAAGGGCUUUUAAAUAAACAAAUACAGAUGGCUGCCACAGAGUAUUUGAGAGCUGGAAGUUUUAAACAACAAAUUGUAGGGCAAAGUUGACUAUUUAAAAGUACCUUCAUUUCCUGCCAAUGACACUUAACUGUUCUAAGGCUACUUUUGUUUAAAAUCUUCUUUCCUUGACCUUUGUCAGGGAAAGAAUUUCUGGACUGGAAUAUUCAGUAUCUCUGUCUUUGAAUAUUACUCAAGGGACAUGUCAGAUAUGACAAUAAUCUCACUGGAGUUCAUUCCAAAAUUUCUUGGAUUUGCAGAUACAGAAAAAAAAUGACUGUUUAUGAGGUCAUGAUUGGAAUAUUCCUCUAUCAUGCCAUCAGGAAAAGUUGAAGCAAGCACUUCUCAGCUGAUUCUGUGUGACUGCUGCUUGACAGCAAAUUAGCUUGCAUGCUAGUCUUUCACAUAUUUGGAAGAGGAUUUUUUGAUUUAAUUAAUUUAUUUUAAAUAUUGCACAGAAUGAAAUGUUUACUCUCUAAAAUUGUUAAUAAAAUCUUCAGUACUGAAACAAAAGUUUAUUUGAAACAGCAUCUAUCUAUCUGUCUAUCUAUCUAUCUAUCUAUCUAUCUGUCUGUCUGUCUAUCUAUCCUGUCUCUCCUAAGUGUAUAUAUUUAAUGAUAAUAUACUAUUUUUCAUGUAUAAGUAUAUAUAAGAGCAAAUAAAGCUCUAAUGCAGUAAUUUAUUUGUUCAGUCAGGCUCUCUGUUGAAACCAUUCAAUUGCCAGCUUAGGUUAGAUGGAACAACACAAAGUCUGUGCUCUUGCUUUUGUAAGAACAGUACCAAGUAUUCCCCUGCAAAGAAGAUGAAUAAAGUUAUAAAAAAGUGGCUUCACGAUUGCUAAUAGUUCCACACAAUCCAACAGAAAUCUAAGUCCACUAAUUUCUGAAGGGAAAUGAAACUCUCAGGGAGGCUUUCAAGAGGAAGAGCUAAUAAAUUGCUCUGAAGUUGAUACAAGCUUCUCUGGGAAAAAGAGCAGGGCCUGGAAAGCCUGUGAUAGAGAGCAGCUGUCUUCAGAUACUUGCAUUAAAUCUCAGACGUGCUUUCCUGCCAGCUACUUCAGUGCAGAAGAUUAGCAGACAUGUCCAUAGCACUCAAGCAAGUCUUUAAUAAAGAUAAGACUUUCCGCCCAAAACGCAAGUUUGAACCUGGAACCCAGAGGUUUGAACUUCACAAACGAGCGCAAGCAUCUCUCAACUCAGGCGUGGACUUGAAAGCAGCUGUGCAGUUGCCCAGUGGUGAAGACCAGAAUGACUGGGUGGCUGUUCAUGUUGUUGACUUCUUCAACAGGAUCAACCUCAUUUAUGAAACUAUCUGUGAGUUCUGCACGGAGAGGACCUGCCCAGUGAUGUCUGGAGGCCCCAAGUAUGAGUACCGGUGGCAGGAUGACUUGAGGUACAAGAAGCCCACAGCAUUGCCAGCACCCCAAUAUAUGAAUCUUCUCAUGGACUGGAUCGAGGUGCAAAUCAACAAUGAGGAUAUAUUUCCUACAAGUGUAGGUGUUCCCUUUCCAAAAAACUUUCUGCAGAUCUGCAAGAAGAUACUUUGUCGGCUUUUUCGGGUAUUUGUUCAUGUCUACAUCCAUCACUUCGACCGUAUCAUCCUUAUGGGUGCUGAGGCCCAUGUCAACACCUGUUACAAGCAUUUUUAUUAUUUUGUGACAGAGCUCAACCUCAUAGACCGCAAAGAACUAGAGCCUUUGAAAGAGAUGACAACCAGGAUGUGUCACUAAAAACUACCUGCUGAAGAAAAGCAAAGUUCUAUUUCCUUCCUACUGCAGAGUUCAAGAACAUGACAGCCCUUGUGGACUGAACCUGCUUGUAAUUCCCUGAAAGAUGGAAAGUUACUGUCACAAAUGCUUCUCUCAAGUGUCAAAGUUGUUAACCCUAAAUAUGCUGCUAGGAACCUCAUCUGAGCAGCAUGGAUUAUUGAGAAAAAGAAGAAUCAUGUCAGUUCAAGCUCCUUUAUCAGGAAUAAGAACCUCUUCAGCCACAAACAACAGCAGACAGUGCCCCUGCUGCCAAAGCUUUACUGAAAUUCAAGUCCCUGGGCUGACCUCCAGACUAGUUGUUUUGAAAUUAAAUCUGCAAUCUUGCUUUCUUUUUCUUUUGUUUCUUGGUAUGUGUUUUCUUUCCUAACUGCAACAGACAAUUAAGAGGUUCUAGAAUCAAAGAAGACUUAGCCUUUAAUGCCCCCUAUCCUGCUCCAGGCCACCCAAGACUUGGCCACCAUUCCCAAAAGCCAGCAAGCCUUGUGUUCCAGGGAAGACAGCCAUGUCCUUCAGCUGAACAGGCAGUUUAUGCUUCAUUGUGACUCAUAAUUUAAUGACAGUAGGAGGGUUUCUGAUCUCAACUACAUGAACAGGGAUCCAGAUAAGGCUCUGCAGUGCUGAGGUAUUUUCCUUGAAUUUAUGCUCUGACUGACAGCAAAUGAUCUCAGUAACUCCAUAUUACAUAAAAAAAACCAGCUACAGUCAUCAUUUUCCUGAAGUACCCUAGAAAGUACACCAAUCUGUCAUGUAAUUUCAUAUCUUUCUACCCCAUUAGGAAAAGGAUCCUUCUCAAUCACCCUUAAAUAUCAUCUUUUUAGAGAAAAAUAAAUUUAAUUUGAGUAAAUUAAAACAGGAAGAUACAGUAAAGAUGGGUAGUAAAAAAGUUAAAGCAGGAGGGACUAAUUGAAGGUCUCUGUUGCAGUGCCCAGCAAUGUGACUUGCUUUAUACAUCAGGCUAACACAAUACUUUUUUCCAGAACUUAAUCCAAGUUAAUUAACACAUGUAUGGACAGCCUGGAAGGAUCCUGUGCAGCAAAUCAAGUCUUUUAAGCCAAAUACGCCCUGAGGAGACUUUCUUCUGGAAAAAAAAAAUAAAAAAUUAGAGUGAUACUUAACAGAGGUAUCACAAGAGAAAUACUCCUGAAUAAAUGGAAAUCAAGUGCAACACAUCUAUGUUUUCUGUGCCUUGUAAUGAAUUUUGCACACUUGUGUUACUGCAAAAAGUUUCCUUUUCCUGAGUAAGUGCUGAACCCUGUUGCUGCCUUCUCCUCUAGUAAGUUUAGAUAUGUUUACAUCUUCUGAGACAGAAACAGAAGAAAAUUUAAUGGAGUAUCCAGUGAUUUGAACAUUCGAAAUAGAGGGGUAGUAGGCACUAAAGAAUAAUAGCAAAUAUUUUCUAGGUCAAUGUUGUAGCACAUUCUGAUUUACUUGCCUGCUUGCUUAAAUCAGGGCUUGUAAAAUGUCAGUGAUCACAUUCUUGCUUGGAAAAAGUGCUUUUUUCUAUGAACAUUUGGUGUACCUACAAUGGGAACUUUUCUGUAUCUCUUUAGAACUACAUAAGCAGCAUUAUCCUUUGCUUUCAAGGGGAUGCAUCUAAGUGUUCCUACCUCCUUUGGUAGUCUUUGCAAUCAGAUUAAUUCCUUGGGGAUUGGAACGCACACACAGAUUCCUGUUCUGCUGGCACUUCUGCAGGAUAUAACUAGCUUCUGGAAUUCAUUGCCACAGCUACUCCUGAUCUUGCCUCAUUUUAAAGAUGAAGAACAUAACUUCUUUGGGUUGGUUCAUGUAGCUGGCGACUGCCUGGAAUUAUAAUUUCAAUUGCAUAUAAAGGGUUUCUUGAACUCUUCAAAAGUGCCUGGGCUGUGGCACUUCUUGAGAUGGAGCUCUAGCUGAUGCAGUGCACUUGAAUUCCAUGGCUACCAUGGACAGUUGCCAUGCGGUAUUCUCAGUCUGGGCAGCACUGUAUUUGAAAGAUUGACAUAAAGAUGCAAAGGUGUGGAAUUUAGUGCAUAAAGAUCAAUGUCACGACACAAAUUGAAAAUCUUGGAUUUUUGUAUGCAUAAUUUAGUCUUCAUUUUAUUAUACUACUUACCAUAUGCUGUUUAGAGACUAUUCACUGCAUCUCAGUCUGAAGAUUAGGCAGAAUUUUUUCUCAGUAAUCUUUUUGUGAAUGUAUAAAUUUUGUGAAUGCAAAACUUA